AUUGUGCCGAUACAUCGGGGAGGAAAAAAAACAUACGUACUUGCAGUUUGACAGGUUUCACUUAUUUUUGCAAUCGAUCACACCGGAGAACCGUCGGCCAGUGGUUUUUGAGCGACGACGAAGCUUCGGAUAACUGUUAUGGAAACCGAAAGGCGAUCGGAUCUGUACGAAGAAUGGAAAAGACGGGCUUUCCUCGGUCCACUUCCUCAGGGAUUUCUCAGAUUGGAAGACCGAAAUGCUCAGCAGCAACAGGAGGCAGCGGACCAACAAGCAGCACUCGCGCUUCACCAGUUACAAAUGCAAAACAUGCCAGCGAUGCAGGAACCUCAUGUUGGCAGACUUAGUAUUACCAUUGUUCAGGCUAAGCUUGUGAAAAACUACGGGAUGACUAGAAUGGACCCUUAUGUGAGACUAAGAGUAGGCCACGCGGUGUAUGAAACACACACUUGCUCAAACGGGGCGAAAAAUCCACAUUGGAACAAAGUUAUUCAGUGCUACUUGCCUCCAGGAGUGUCGCAAAUAUAUGUAGAAAUUUAUGAUGAAUGUUCGUUUGUCAUGGAUGAAUUAAUCGCUUGGGGUCAUAUAGAUAUUCCAUCACAGGUCCUGCAAAAAGGAGAAACACACGAAGAUUGGUACAUGCUUAGCGGAAAGCAAGGAGACAAUCAAGAGGGAAUGAUAAAUUUAGUUUUCAGUUAUACGGUAAAGACUAAGUGCCAUCCGUAUAUGAGUGCACCUCCAAUUAUGAUGGUUCCUUCUUCGACAAUGUUUGGUAUGACGCAAUAUGCACCAGUAAAUGUUUAUACAGCACCACCUACAGCUGCAGUACCACCUGUUGUUCCCAGUUCUAUGCCAAAUGCUGAAGUUGAAUUAAAGCAGAUUUCAGAGAUGUUCCCAAAUGUGGACAAAGAGGUAAUUAAAUCAGUUUAUGAUGCAAAUAAUGGAAAGAAAGAUGUAACUAUAAACUCAUUACUCCAAAUGUGUGAAUAAGUAAUUUUUUAUGCAAAUUGCUAUUUAAUUCCAAAGGCCAUAUUUGUAUUUUCUGCUAUGCUAUAUUUCUUUUAAGAUGUAAUAUAUUUGCAAGUUAUUGCCAUGCAUUUUGUGGUAUAUUAAGAUUUAGUGACUUUUAAUAUAAGGGGAUCUAUAGAACAUAUUGGGCAUGGAAAUAUAUUUUUUAAUGAAAUAUCUCUUUUAAUCUUUUAUAUAUUCAUUGAUCCUGUGUUUUCGUUUUUGUUUUCGUUUUAUAUAUAUAUACAGUUGUAUACAUUUUGUUGUACAUAAUUAACAUAAAAAGUUUCAAGUAUUCGUUAAAAAAUUUAUAUUUAGAUUUUACUAUUUAUAAAAAUAAUAUAUUAAUAUAAAACAAUAAACAUGUACAUUUAUAUAUUUUUAUGUUUGAAAAUAUAAAUUACAAAAAUAUACUCACACAUGCUUACACAGAAUAUAACAACAAAUAUUAUGUAAAAGUAUACAAUCAAGUAUACAAUUUUGAUUGAAACACAGUAUUCACAAAAAUAGAAUGGCGAAUCUCCAUUUUCCUAUAUGAUUGUAAUAGUAUUUGUAACUUUUCUAUUGAAUGUAAAAUAUAUUAAAACUUUCAUGGCGGGCGUCACGUUUGCUUGAACAUCAAUAUAACUAAGUAAAAAUAUCUGUUAAAAUAAUACGUAUGAUUAUUAUACCAUAAGAUUUUCAUAAUGAUAAUUUUAAUAAUGUUUCACACGACGACCACUGCCGUCUCAAGGAUUCUAAACGUGCCCGAAAUUUUUACUCGAAACAUCCUGCCGCGAAAGUGUUAAUAAAUUAUGAAUUGUUAAAUGCUUCAAUAAAUUGUAAAGAACUACUUUACCAUCACCUAAAGUAAAUAAAAAUUUUUCGACAUU